AUGGACUCGAGACAACAUGGGCGAGCGUCUGGCAAUAAAGCCGAUGCUCUAUCACUCACACAUAGUCCCCAACUCGAUCCUAUCCGCUCACCUACUGUGAGCGACCCUGGAGAGAUCGUUUCGUCAAAGGUUUCGAGCGAAACAAACGAUCCACCCGAAGCGCUAACCUCGUUUGGCGAACCAUUGCACGUCAGCAUCUCGCGUGCCACAUCGCGUUUCCAGCAGAUCCAACGCUCGUUAAGCAAGCCACGCGAUGCUGGCGAAGAGGAAGCUAGCGAGGUGCACAGCCCGCCGUUCUCCAAGCGCGUGGGGCUUGUGUUCAACGACCUCUCUGUCUAUGGCGACAACACUUCCAACCGCCACAUUGGCACAGUGAUUACGCCGUUCUACAAGAUCCUGCACGGCAUGUCCGGUGUUGUUGAGGAUGGCGAAAUGCUGCUUGUUCUUGGCCAGCCCGGCUCUGGCUGCUCAACACUGCUGCGUGUUCUGGGCGAUCGUCGUGGCACCUACCGCAGGAUUGAGGGCACUGUCUCAUACGGCGGCCUGACACCCGAGGAGGUCGCCAAGCACUACCGUGGCGAGGUUGCUUAUAGUCAGGAGGAGGACAUGCAUUUCCCCUCGCUGAGUGUGCGCAAGACAUUGGAAUUUGCCAUCAAGUGCAAGACACCAAACAAGAACCUAGUCCAUGACAGCGGUGCCUACCAGCGCGAGAUGCUCCCAACGCUGCUCGAGAUGUACGGCUUGUCUGCCUGUGCUGAUACCAUUGUCGGUAAUGCGUUCCUGCGCGGUGUGAGCGGUGGCGAGCGCAAGCGUGUCAGUAUUGCUGAGCAGGUUGCUACUGGUGCCUCUGUUGAUAUAUGGGACGGUACCACGCGUGGUCUCGACUCGAGCUCAGCUCUGGAUUAUGUGCGCUCCCUGCGUAUUUCAGCUGAUGUUCUGCACAAGGCCACGGUGGCAUCGCUGUACCAGGCAUCAGAAAACAUCUACGAUCUGUUUGACAAGGUCAUGGUCAUUGAAGAUGGUCACCAGCUCUACUUUGGCCCAGCCACCAAGGCUGUUGAGUACUUUGCCUCGAUUGGUAUCUACAAGCCACCUCGCCAGACGACAUCGGACUUUUUGACUGGCGUCACACAGCUGCACGAGCGCACAGUUCUGCCAGGCUGGGAAGAGAGGGCGCCAAAGACAGUUGAGGAGUUCGAGGCUGCAUGGAGGCAAUCGCAGCAGUACCAGGAUCUGAGGGACCAAGUGGCCAGCUUUGAGAAGCGGGUUGCCGCCGACAACCGCAGCGAGGAGAUCCGCCAGUUCAUUGACCAGACCAAAAAUGGGCACGGAGAGAAGCAGGAUUCGCCGUAUUUCAGCCUGCUGCUCGCGCGAGAGAUCGAUAUGUUCAUCCACAAUGUGAGGCUGCUUGUGUUCAAGUUUAUUUACAACGUGGCAUUUGCCAUCAUCGUCGGCACUCUGUUCAUCAAUCUGCCCGACGAUUCGAGUAGCGCGUUUACACGUGGUGGAGCAAUGACCGAGGUUCCCAAGGCUAUCAGUGGUCGAGAGGUGGUGUAUAAGCAUAAAGCCUUUGCCCUCUACCAUCCGGCUGCACUGUCGCUUGCGCAAACGAUCAUGGAUCUGCCGUUCAUGCUGUUCCAAGUCAUCGUGUUCUCGUCAAUUCUGUAUUUCACCGUUGGGCUCUACUCGAGCGCAGACAACUUCUUUUGCUUCAUCCUCUACCUCUUCGUCUGUGCGAUGUGUCUGACUGGGUUCUUCAGACUGGUUGGUAACAUUUCGGCGUCGCUGGAUGUGGCUCAUACGAUCGCAGGAAUCUCGCUGCUGUUUCUGUGUCUCUAUGCCGGCUAUCUGAUCCCGCCUCGCUCCAUGAAGAGAUACCUGUGGUGGGUGUACUGGAUUAGCCCGCUUGCCUACAGCUUCAAGUCGCUUAUGUGCAACGAGUUUAGGUCUCUGAGCCUCAAGUGCACUGGUAUCCAGCUUGCACCCUCCGGACCCAUGUUCACCAACCGCAACUACCAGGUGUGCACGAUUCUUGGUGCGGUUCCAGGUGAGGACUACAUCUCUGCAGUGCUGUGCUUUUGGCUACUGUUCACAUUCGCGAUUGCUAUUGUAAUGGAGUUCAUCGAGUUUGGUAACGCUGGCUACUCGAUCAACGUUUACAAGCGCCGUUUGCCACAGGUCAGCACAGUCAACGACGAGGAUACUGAGAUGACAAAGGAGGCGAUAGGGGCACUGUCCUUCACCUGGAAGCAUGUCAGCUACACGGUUCCAGUCAAGGGUGGCGAGCGCCAGCUGCUAGAUGGCAUUUCUGGUUACGUCAAACCCGGAACCAUGACUGCGCUGAUGGGCUCUUCGGGUGCCGGUAAAACCACUCUUCUGGAUUCAUUGGCCAUGCGCAAGACUAUCGGCAAGCUCGAGGGAGAGGUUCUGAUGAAUGGCGCCCAGCAGUCUGCCAGUUUCCGUCGUAUUACAGGCUAUGCUGAGCAGCUUGACGUGCACAACCCACACUCGACUGUGCGCGAGGCUCUGCGUUUCUCUGCCUAUCUGCGCCAGUCUGCUUCGGUACCUGACGAGCAAAAGAAUGACGAUGUCGAGCAUGUCAUCCGCCUGCUCGGCAUGUCUGGUAUUGCUGACUGCAUGGUUGGUCUGCCUGAUAGUGGUGAGGGCAUCUCGCUCGAGCAACGCAAGCGCCUGACCAUCGGUGUGGAGCUUGUGGCCAAGCCCAAGAUUCUGUUCUUAGACGAGCCCACUUCAGGUCUCGAUGCCCAGGCCUCGUUUACGAUUGUUUCUUUCCUGCGUCGCCUGGCUGCCGAAGGCCAGACAAUCCUCUGCACCAUCCACCAGCCAUCGUCGAUGCUGUUCCAGCAGUUCGACCGGCUGCUUCUGCUCGCCCGCGGUGGUCAGACUGUUUAUUUUGGCAACCUAGGCUAUGACUCGCAAACGCUGACCGGCUACUUCGAAAAGAAUGGGGCGGACAAAUGCUCUGACUCCGCCAACCCUGCCGAGUAUAUCCUCGAUGUUGUGGGCAACAGGUCGCUCAAUAUCGACUGGCCGCAGGUUUGGAAUGACUCGAGCGAGAAGAUGGUCACCAAACGCAUGCUCCUGUCAUAUUGGCGCAAUCCAUCGUACAAUCUGACUCGUAUCGCGCUGCAGGUUGUCUGUGCACUGGUGGUUGGCUUCUCGUUUAUCAACCUGAGCGACAGUGCAGCCGAUCUGCAGAACAAGGUGUUUGCAGUGUUCCUUACCUCGAUUCUUGGUGUUCUCGUUAUCAACCAGGUCCAGCCCGAGUACCUCCGCCAGCGGCUGACCUUUGGUCGCGAGUCGUCAUCCAACCAAUACAGCUGGAAGGCGUUUGCAUUCGCAAUCAUCUUUACCGAAUGGCCGUUUGCAAUCGUUGCCAACACCGUCUUCUUCCUGUGCUUCUACUGGACCGUCGGCCUGAACUCAAUCAGCAGCCGCAUUGGGUGCUUCUACCUGUCGUACCAGCUCUACGGCAUAUUUUCGCUGACGCUGGGCCAGGCCAUCGCCUCCUUCUCGCCGAAUGACGUGGUUGUCAGUCUGUUCAACCCCAUCUUUACUGUCCCUUCUGCCAUGUUCUGCGGUGUGGCAAUUCCCUUCUCGCAGUUCCCCAAGUUCUGGAAGUUCCUCUAUUGGUUGUCGCCGUACCACUACUACAUCGAGCUUGUCGUCGUCAACGAUCUGCACGGCUCCCCAGUGCACUGCAAGCCCCACGAGCACCACAUUUUUAAUCCCCCGCCAAGGAUGACCUGCCAGCAAUACGCUGGCCUGUGGGUCAGCAAGGCCAUUGGCUACAUCAACAACCCGAAUGCCACCUCCUCUUGUGAGUACUGCCAGUUCAAGGAUGGCGACGACUUUUACAAGACGCUCAGCUGGUCCUUUGAUCACCGCUGGAGGAACUGGGGCAUUCUCGCCGGAUAUGCUAUCUUCAACAUUGCUUUUACUGUCUUGAUGGUCCGCGUAUACAAGGUCAACAAGCGCUGA